UAAUUUAUCUUAAAACUUAAAUAUGUUGGUAAAGUAUUUUAGCACUCUUAGAAGUAAAGCGAGGACAUGUGAACUAGUUGCCAUGACUGCAUUUCUAGACCUUAACUGUGUGCAUAUGUUUUUUACUGGAAGGCACAGAGCAUGGAGAAUGAUGAACUUCCGUCAGCGGAUGGGCUGGAUUGGAGUGGGAUUGUAUCUGUUAGCAAGUGCAGCAGCAUUUUACUAUGUUUUUGAAAUCAACGACACUUACAACAGACUGGCCCUGGAGCACAUUCAACAGCACCCCGAAGAGCCCCUUGAAGGAAUCACAUGGACACACUCCUUGAAAGCCCGGUUACUCUCCUUACCUUUUUGGUUGUGGACAAUUAUUUUUCUGAUUCCUUACUUACAGAUGUUCUUGUUUCUUUAUUCUUGUACAAGAGCUGAUCCCAAAACAGUGGGCUACUGUAUCAUCCCCAUAUGCUUGGCAGUUAUUUGCAAUCGCCACCAGGCAUUUGUCAAGGCUUCUAAUCAGAUCAGCAGACUACAACUGAUUGACACAUAAAAUUAGUCACCGGUUUUUCCUUACAAUUACAAAACUGCCAGUACCAUAUGGAGUCUGGUCACAAGACUACAGUUUCUUCACAGAUCUCAGGAAGUUGUGGUGGGGCAGAAGCUUUUUAAAAAAAUGUGACCGGGGGCUGUUUUAUCUGAAUAAUAAUGGAUUUUUAGGUAAAGCCUGAGAUACAAAAUCAUACUACAAAAUCAUGCUGAUGACUUCUGACUUCAGAUUUUGGAAGUAAAAUUGUGUCUGUUACUUGCAUUCUUUAGAAACGUGAAUAAGUAUCUGAACUCAUAUUUCUAUUCUACUGUGCAACAUAGUGAUGAUUCAGAAAUUUUUCCUUGGGGGAAAAAUGAAUAUGAACAUUUCCAUUGUGUUAUGUGUAAAAAGGUCCAAACAUGGUCAUAAAAUUUAAAUUUUAUACAGUUA